CUUCUUUUCCACUUUUUUUGUUGUUCAGUUGUUGAACUCCUUUUUUCACUUUUCAGGUGAAGGAGCCAAUUCAAGAAUGGUCGUUGACCCUGUAAGCACAAACAAAUCCUUGUAUUGAAACCGUUAAACGUAACGCUAACGCAUGCUCUUACCUUCUUUUUUAAGAACCUUAGCCUACUCUCUCUCUUUCUCUUCUUAGCUAUGCUUCAAGAACUAUAACAGUUUUUCUUUACCGUUGUUUCUUUCUAGAUAUACCUUAAACUUCCUAUAUACGGUAAGUGAGUGAGAGAGAAGAGAAGCAACAAUGUUGAAAGCAAUGAUCACAAAAAAGGAAGUGAAUUUACAAGUGUGCCUCAACCUCAGGCUUCUUUUGUGAUAUAGUUAAUAAUGGAGGAUUGCAACAACAAAGGAGAAGUUCAUGUGCAUUUAACUAAGCAGAAGCAGUCUUCAUCAAGAUCAGGUAUCAGUUUGAAAGCUGCGUUAUCUGGAAGAUCAUCUCCACAACAUUUUCCUUCAUUUCAGCGACCAUAUUCUACCUUGACACCAAGAAGAGAAAGCAAGGGUGAUGCACAGUGCUAUGGUAGCAACCGGUUACUGUUGUGGCUGCUUCUGAUUACCCUUUGGGCUUAUCUUGGAUUUUAUGUUCAGUCAAGGUGGGCACAUGAUGAUAAGGAAGAAGAAUUUUCAGGCUUUGGAAGCAGGCAAAGUGAUACAACAAACUCUUACGUUGGACAGAAUCAGCAUCUUGAUUUGAUUGCCAAGAACAUUUCCUUAUCUGUAAAUAUUGAAUUAGUUGAGAACAAAACAGUUGAUGUGGCUUUGGCCAAGAAAGAAUACGGUGUUCUAUCUCAACUUAAGGCUAGCUCAAAGAAAAGGAACAGAAGAAAGCGAUCAACGCAUGCUUUGCGAGGUACGAGGAGGCGAAAACAUAUACUUGAGAGCAGUGAUAUAGAGGAGCAAGAGCCAGAAAUUCCCCUCAGGAAUGAUACCUAUGGAUUCCUUGUUGGUCCAUUUGGUUCGAUAGAGGAUAGAAUUCUGCAAUGGAGUCCUCAGAGGCGUUAUGAAACCUGUGAUAAGAAGGGGGAAUUCGCACGCCUUGUUUGGUCAAGAAGGUUUGUUUUGAUAUUUCAUGAGCUUUCCAUGACUGGUGCUCCACUUUCAAUGAUGGAGUUGGCAACUGAACUCUUGAGUUGUGGAGCUUCUGUUUCAGCUGUGGUGCUUAGCAGGAAGGGUGGUUUGAUGCAAGAACUUGCUAGGAGACGAAUCAAGGUGCUUGAUGACAAGGCAUAUCUCAGCUUCAAAAUUGCAAACAAGGCAGAUCUUGUCAUUGCUGGAUCAGCUGUCUGUACAUCAUGGAUUGAACAAUACAUUGAACAUUUUCCCGCUGGUGCAAAUCAAGUUGCUUGGUGGAUUAUGGAAAACCGACGAGAGUACUUUGAUCGGGCAAAGGAUGUGUUGCAGAGAGUGAAUACAUUGGUUUUUCUGUCUGAAUCACAAUCUAGGCAAUGGCAAAAAUGGUGUGUAGAAGAAGGCAUAAAACUGAGCUCUCAGCUUGCACUCGUCCCAUUGUCUGUUAAUGAUGAACUAGCUUUUGUAGCUGGCAUUCCCUCUACACUUAAAGUUCCAUCCUUCAGUGCUGCAAAAAUGGAUGAGAGAAGGAAGUUGUUGCGAGAUUCUAUCCGAAGAGAAAUGGGAUUGAAUGAUAAUGAUAUACUUGUUAUGACUCUCAGUAGCAUCAACCGUGGGAAGGGUCAGCUAUUGCUUCUUGAAUCAGCACGCUCAAUGGUAGAACAUGGACCAUUGCAACAAGAUGAUAAGAAAAUACCGGAGUCAUCAGAUGAUGGAGAAUACCUAUCUACCUUGGCUAGAAGACAUCAUAUUAGAAAUUUGUUGAAGGAUAACAGUGUAGCCUUGAACAAUAUCUCAAGCAAUUUUAUAAACAGAACAAGGGAAGUGUUGUCCCAAAACAAUGGAACAAUGGCACAAUCUCUCAAAAUUCUCAUUGGUUCUGUGGGAUCUAAGAGUAACAAGGUGGAUUAUGUUAAAGGUCUUCUAAGUUUCUUAGCACGGCAUUCAAACUUGUCAAAGUCAGUUUUGUGGACCUCAGCCACAACACGUGUUGCCUCACUUUACUCUGCAGCAGAUGUUUAUGCCAUAAACUCUCAGGGAUUGGGAGAAACAUUUGGACGGGUGACUAUAGAAGCCAUGGCAUUUGGUCUUCCGGUGCUUGGAACAGAUGCUGGGGGAACACAAGAAAUUGUUGAGCAUAAUGUGACAGGUCUUCUUCAUCCUAUUGGACGUGCAGGGAAUCGUGUCCUUGCACAGAAUCUCCGGUUUUUACUUGAAAACAGGUUGGCAAGAGAGCAAAUGGGGAUGGAAGGAAGAAAAAAGGUGCAGAGGAUGUUCUUGAAGCAGCACAUGUAUGAGAAACUUGUAGAGGUUCUUGUCAAGUGCAUGAGAAGGAUAUAAUAUAACUGUUUGGCGCUUGUAAUACUCUCAUUCUUUUAUUGGAUUCAAAUCACAUGAUUGUGUGAAUUUAUUUAUACUCAAAAAUGUAAUACUUGUGCCCAGUAUAUUAAGAAAGAUAUUCCUAACGGGUACAUACCUGUAUUUGUUACACGUUAGAUA